CUCGACCAGGAAGUAGGGACCGGAAGGUCCACGUGGGUUUUGCGGGAACACGUGUGGCGGGAGGAGUGUGGAGGCGGGAGGAGGUCUGGCUGGCUUUUCUCCGCCUUCUCCGGCAAUGGCUCUGCCCACCUUGCCUGGUGCAGCAUGGAAGAGCCCCCGCGGCGGCACUUGCCGGAUUCCAACGCGCGGUACCGGGACAGAAGCUUCUGGGACUCGCGGUAUCGAGAGGAGGGGGCCCGCCCGGCCGAAUGGUUUGGGGGCUUGGACAGUUUCCGCGAGCAGCUGGAGGCGGAGCUGAAGCCGGGAGAGCGGAUCCUAGUGCUGGGCUGUGGGAACAGUGCUCUGAGUUACGACCUCUUCCAGCUUGGUUAUACAGACAUCACCAGCAUAGACUAUUCAACAGAAUGCAUCACAAGCAUGCAGGACUACUAUGCCCACUGCCCGGGCUUGCGUUGGGCAGUGAUGGAUGCCCGCUGCUUGACCUUCAUGGACGAGAGCUUUGAUGUGGUGUUGGAAAAGGGCACCUUGGAUUCCAUGAUGGUGGAAGAAACUGAUCCAUGGAAUGUAUCUUAUGAGGCAAAGGUACUCCUGGACCAGGUGUUAAGAGAGGUCAGCAGAGUCUUAAAGCCUGGAGGGCGGUUCAUCUCCAUCACCUUUGCCCAACCACACUUCCGCAAGCGUCACUACGCCCAGCCUGCGUACGGCUGGUCCGUCCACCAUGUGACAUACGGCAGCGGCUUCCACUACUUCCUCUACGUCAUGAGGAAGGGCGGGGAGCUUUCCCCUCCUGAACUGGCGCUGGGGCAGAGCCUCCACCUGCGUCCCAGCACCCCGGCCCCCGUAUGCUACCUCCAGGACUCGGACAGCGAGGACUUUCUCUCCACCAUUGAAUUGUGACCCACUGGGAAAGAAUGAGGGCGGGGAGUGAGGCACCCCACGGGCUUGCGGGGAGGGAUACCCACAAGUAUCGCCAUGUGCCCGUUUGCCCGAUGUUCGAGACCCACCGCCAAAAUGUCUCCAGGUCGCUUUGGGUGACUCCUGCAUAUUUGCAAAAGAAAACACCAGUGCCGCCUUUGUAGUUGGCAGCAAGAGUCCAUUCUCCGUGGAACUGGAUAGGAAUGGUUUCUGCUGCCAACUCUGUUGUAGAAAAGAACAUUUCCCACCCCCUCCGAAUCCUCUCGUCUGCUGCUGCUUGCAUCUCCAAGCUGUGAACCUCUUUGUGGAAAGGGGGUGGGGUGCUAAGAAUCUCUGGAACUGCUUUUUAAAAUCUUCUCUGUCAUCAGUGUUUCCCCCCAUCUGUUCUAGGACAGGAGUUCUCAAGCUCAGGUCCCCAGAUGCUGUUGGACUACAACUCCCAUCAUCCAUAGCCACAAUGGCCAAAGGCCAUGCAGCUGGGGAUGAUGGGAGUUGUAGUCCAACACCAUCUGGGGAAGCAAGCUUGAGCAUCCCUGUUCCAGGAUGAUCUAAGUGGGCUUAUAGUUUCCCAGCAAGCCUCUGAAGAGGAAGCUCUAGAGGUGGUCUCACUCUCCCGCCUUCUGAGCUGGGGAUGGCUUUAACGGUGCUUCACUAGUUUUUGAAAUAAAUGGCACUGCCAAAUGUUGGGUACCAUCUCGACUUUUUCCUUCACAUCUGGCCAGUGGUUGCCCCCAGCUAUGAUAAAGGCAAGAUAAGAGCCCAAGGCAGUUCUGUUGGAUUCCUGCACCCUGUGUUGAAUCCCUGCCUGCCGGUUCUCCUAAGUAGGACAUUAAAAUAUCCCAAAUUCUGCCACCUGAGACCAGAGCUCACUGUUUUCUGAAUGCAUUAUGCAGAUUAAGCAUACACUUGCGAAUGUACUUGUAUGCUUUGUUUGGGGCAUCCUUUGUGUCAAAUCUAGGGGUGGGGCCGCUGUCUCAUAUUAGGGGAGGAGUAUCAAAUUCGGGGUAACCAGCUGCAAAAGAGGGUGGGGCUCGUGUAUCUAAUAAUUGUGUAGAACAACUUCAGCCCUCCUGCUGUGGCUGGACUACAACUUCCAUUAUCCCCAGCCACAGAGGCCAGUAGUUGGGGGUCAUGGGAGUUGUAGUUCAGCAUCUGCAGGAGGGCCAGAGUUGUGCAGAAAAUGAAAUUGUAGGGGCCGAUGCUUGUAACAUGGGUGAAAAGUGGCACCUCCCGAAAUUCUCUCAGCUCCACACCCAUUAAAGGUACAGUAACUUCACAAAGCAUUAUUGCACCAAGGAAUUGAGGAUAAAAGACAAUGGGAUAGAAACUGAAGCUGCUGUUUGUUGACUUGGAAUGGGGAGAGAAGCUCCAGUUACCAAAAACUACCUUUAAAUCCCUCUGUUUUCAGACUGCUUAGUGGGAGAUACCUCUGUGCAAUUAGCCUUUUAGUCCUCGUUGGCAUUGACAACAGAGGAUAAAUUAUGCUUAAAACGAGAGCAUAAACAUUUGCUGGAUUAAUAUCGGGAAUUCCCACUUUGGGUUCCCAGAUAGACGGCAACUCCCGUCAUCUUCAGCCACAACGACCUUUGGCCAGUAACAUCUGGGGACCAGCGUUGGGAACCCCUGACUUGUAUGCUUUAUACAGGUUAGAAGGUAAAUAAAUAAAAUGGCUCCCUGUCCCCACUAAAGGGCUCACAAUCUAAAAAGAAUCGUAAGACAGACAUGAGCAACAGCCGCUGGAGGGAUGCUGUGCUGGGGAUGGAUAGGCCCAGUUGCUCUCCCCUGCUCUUGUUCAGUUAUCAGAGGUCAGCUUCCUUGAACACAGAACUUAAAAACCUUAGUCCAUGGCCCACUCUGCUCUGGAUUGAGGAUGGAAUCCGAUACCAGGCAGAGGCAAGACAGAAUCAGUCCCAGCAACAGGCUGCAAACCGGAUUUCAGGACAGGCUUGUGCCAGCCUUCAGCUGUGGCUCAAGGUAGGUAGGUCCCUUGACAGGUGAGCCAGGGAAGUUCAAGGCAACGGUUUGCUGGGAGGUCUAGUCCAGCGACUCCGUAGAGAAGCAGCUAGCCCAGCUGCUGGUGGCAGGCUCCCUUCUCCAGCUUCCUCUUACCAGGGCUGUGCCCAGGGCAACGGAAUCUAACCCGACUCUGGCUUCUGCCAGCUGUGUGCUCAGCUCCAAGCUGGCCGGAAUUAAGUGGUUCCUGACAGGUUGCAGCUUGCGAGCUACAAGGAGGCAGAGCGGCACCUGCAACCCCACGGCAGCUCUGCGGAGGCCCAGGGCAGGCCAAGCAGAGCGGCUCGGCAAGCAGGGCCCCCCGCCUCAUUACCUCUGUGCCCCCCACCUGCCUCCCUUCGCUAAUUCUGGAGGAAGUCCAGCUGUCUGCUCUUUGUGGCUGUUAAUGAAACGGCCAGAGAACCUGUGAAUCAUUCUAAUUCUCUCCAUCCAUCUUGGGCGAGGGAGAGGCGAAGGGGCCAGAGCUGCCUCCGUAUCUCUCUCCUGCUCCCUGAUGCAGAUCUCGCAGGAGCGUAGAGGGCAAAACAACGAGCAGAGAUGGGGUUUUUAUUUUUUAUCCGCUGCCACAAGCAAAUUGCCUUAAUCCUGUUUCUGUCUCUUGAAUAAUUGUGAAGACCAGCAGCAGGGCAGAAAAGGGCAGCACAGGGUUCCCCGUUCUCCUCUCGGCCUCCUCUCAGCAGUGAUGCUCACUUAAAGGACUGCCCCCUCCCCCUGAUAUAUCCCGAUGAAAUAUUUCUUCCCAGCAAUCUAGAAGUGAUUUAAUGGGUUAUUUCUCUCUCUCUCUCUCUCAACACACACUGAGCACAGUCAUGGCGCUAAUGAUGAUCUUUGCAGAGUUCACAGGCUCUCUCUAGCAGAAAUAAUGCCAGUAAAGCUGUGAUAUUCGCAAUGGAAUCCAUGGUCCCUUUUGCAGGCAGGGCACAAUUGGUACCCCUUGCCUGCUUCCAGCCCUCCUUUUGUACAGGGCUGCAAAUGUUAAUUGACAUAACACCUGCCUUUAAUUGCAAAUUAAAAGUGGAUUUUUAAUAAGA